AUGGCCGAUGAACAGCGUGAGACUGUCACCUCAUCCUCCCCUACUACCAAUACUGACAGGAAAGAGCGAGAACGUGGCAGUGGCGAGGGUCGCAGACGGAGCAGAAGCAGGUCUCCUCGUCGAGACAGAGACAAGCGCGAAGAUCGAUCUCGGCGCAAAGACACAGGAUUCAAAUGGAAGGAGAAGCGACGGGAGGAGGACGACUCUCGGGGCAACCGUGAUGCAGGACUACAGCGAGGAUACCGUGAUCAUUACCGGCCCAAAUCAAGAUCCCGUUCUCCACCUCCUCGAAGACGAUCUCCAAGAAGAGAUAACAUGGAGAGCGACCGACCCGAGAGACCUCGCGAUGACGCGGAGAGAAAAGAGAAGAAGGAGAAAAGGGAAAAAAAGCCUGCGCCUGCAGUGCCCACACAACCUAUGAUCAUUGUCUAUGUCAAUGACAGGUUGGGCACGAAAAAGGCUAUACCUUGCUUUGCAACAGACCCAAUAAAGGACUUUAAAGUCAUUGUUGCCUCGAUGAUCGGCCGACAACCUCACGAAAUCCUCCUCAAAAGACAAGGCGAGAGACCAUUCAAAGAUCAACUCACUUUACAAGACUAUGGUGUCAGCAACAACGUACAGCUGGAUCUGGAAGUCGACACCGGUGAUUGAACGCAGCAACGUGAUGGAAGAACACUGGAAAGGCAGAUGACAGGGCUCGAAGACGCCUUGCUUGUAUCAAAUACCAGAUCAUCCACGGGUUAUCUUUACGGCAUAUCAUUCGAAAUCGCUAUGUUGCACCAGAAUUAUCAAACCCAAUGCAAUCGGGCGCUUCUGAGGAGAAUGUACAGUACUUUGAGCACAAGGCUGAGGCUGCAGUGACGCCAUUUGGGAAAUUCACCUGCAGGUCAAAGAAAUGGGGAAGGUGGGGCGCGUCAAAAGAUUCUUGAGAGCAAAUCCAUCUUGGGUCACUGCGUCUGUGUAGACUCAUAUUCACUUUUUUGUUAUGUCGACAAGAAGAAGAAUACUGCCUCCAUGCCUGGCUGCUCAGGCACAACCUCCCUUUUCAAUAUACAAAUGAACUCCUAGCCUUU